CGAUAUGUGUGCGUUGGAGUUGAGUUUUAUUACUGGAGCGGAGAAACGCACGUGCUUAGCGCGUGGAUUUUUUGUCGCGUAGCGACGGGCGCAGAGGGCGCACGGGAGGCGGGCGCAGAGGAUCUGGUCUCAUGAUAGGGAGCUAUAAAUUGCGCUGGCUCCUUUCCUUCUAGCUCUCGUCUCCGUCCGAUGGGCAGCAGUGCAAUCGCCGGAGAUCCAUCUCCAUCUCACUCACCUUGUCGCUUGAUGGAGUGGAGCUCAUAAUCGAUGUGCUUGCAGGAUCACAAAAUAGUGAUCUCUCAGCAUCUGGGUAGCAGAUGCAUCCAUCCAUAAGCAUGCACAAAAGUAGUGCAUGUUACUGCAAAGAAUGAGUUCCAUCUGAUUAAGUUAAUACCAAGAGUUUUCUAUUAGGACACAAUAUUAAUUUACUACCAUGGGUUCUUGUGUAUCAACAUCAAAAAGAAGACAUAGACCCAGAAAAUAUUCUCUUCGAUUCCGAAAAUACCAUGGAAAAAUUUCUGCAUCAGUUCCUGAUGCACCUGCUACUAGGAAAAGUCAUAUAGGAAAUCAAUUUGCUUGCAGCCAGUUUGUUUGUGUUAAGACUUCAGCAUCUUGCCGGAAAUCUAAAGUUUCCAAUCAUGCAUUUCAUCUUACACAAAUGCAGUGGAAUCACAGGCAGAUGGAGGCGAAUGUGAUAUGCCAAGAAGAAGUAUGGUUUGAUUCCGUCAGUAUUUUAGACUCUGAGUCUGAUGAUGACUUCAGUAGUGUUUGUGGAGAUGUUCUUCCCUCUGUAAAUGGUUCAGUUGGUACGCAAUUUGUUCCCCAUGAAAAUGCAUCCAUGUUAGUAGAUGCUGUGUGUAAGCUUGAGGAACUUUAUGAAGCCACUCCAAUUAGUGUGGCAGUUGAGCAAUUCAUAGAAACAGACGUGGGCAAAACCGAAGUGCUUUUCAGCAAAAAAGAAUUAGCAAAUGCAGAUGGAGUGACAUUGGAAAAGGUUGGUGAAGCAAAGCUUAGGAAUCAGAUUGAGAGCUGUAACAAGAUGAAAAGGGUCUUAGAGGAUAUUUGUGGUAGUUUUAAAGAAUUAAAAGAAAAUAGAGAAAACACAGAUGAAAACAAUUGUGAAAGCACGUCGAAGAAGUUGACUUCAUCUUGUCCACCUCAUUCAGUUUCGUUCAUCAGCUUUAAUGAUAAGGUCCAACAGUUUCCUAGCGCUAGCCCACAAUGUCAGAAACGGAGAUCCGCAGUGAUCAGACUAUCAUUCGGGAGAAAAUCUAAAGAUGGAGAAGAUGUCUCUGAAUUUUGUUCUUCAAAGAAAUACCUCUAUCAUCCUAAAGCAGGACUAUUGGUUCCAUUCUCAACCAGUGAAAAACUCAUGCAGGGAUGCUGCUCUAUCCUCGAACCUUCUUCCUUCAAACUUAGAGGGGAGAGCUAUUUCAGAGAUAGAAGAAAAGUGCCUGCUCCCAGUUGUAGUCCAUACACUCCAAUUGGAAUAGAUUUGUUCUUCUGUCCAUGCAAAGUAAACCACAUUGCUCAGCACAUUGAGCUUCCACUAGUGAAGCCACAUGAGAAAGUUCCCUCUCUGCUUAUUGUUAACAUCCAACUUCCAACUUAUCCUGCUGCUAUGUUUCUUGGUGAUAGCGAUGGAGAAGGAGUCAGCCUUGUGCUUUACUUCAAGGUAUCUGACAAUUUUGACAAAGAUAUUUCUCAACAAUUUCAGGACAGCAUUAGGCGAUUCAUAGAUGAUGAAGUAGAAAAAGUUAAAGGAUUUCCGAUAGACUUGGUUGUUCCUUAUAGAGAAAGGUUGAAAAUUUUGGCUGGGUUAGCCAAUCCUGAGGAUCUCCACUUGAAUACUGCAGAAAAGAAGCUUGUACAGGCUUACAAUGAAAAACCAGUGCUGUCAAGGCCUCAGCACAACUUUUACCAGGGUUCAAAUUACUUUGAAAUUGACCUGGAUGUUCAUUGGUUUAGCUAUAUUUCGAGAAAGGGUCUUGAAGCAUUCAAAGAAAGGUUGAAGUAUGGAAUACUUGAGCUGGGUUUAACCAUCCAGGCACAGAAGCAGGAGGAACUACCAGAGCAUGUCCUUUGCUGUGUGAGGAUGAACAAAGUGGACUUUGUUAACCAUGGGCAAAUACCAACACUCAUGAUGCUUGACCAAGACAUGUAGCUGGACUCAAAAUAGGGAGCUAAGCUUGGAAACCAAAUUCUUGGCUAGCCAAUAAAAUUCACAAGACACAGGAACUUGCAUCUGCACGCUGUUCAUUUAGCAUUCAAUUAGCUUAGUUACUUGGAUGAUGAUGAUGAUGAGAAAUGGUGAAAUGGCCUCUAGAUACUGUUGUCCCUGAAGUGAUGACAAGCACAUCAUGUUCUUGUUGCUGUAAUAGAGGAAAAUUCCAAAAGGAUGUUUUCAUCAGUAGUGUUUAUGAGGAAACCUUAACAUGUAUUUGUAUGCCAAACCUGAAAAAUAAAUGUUUUCUCCAAACCA